AGGUCUGCGUGUGUUGAUCUGUUUCCACGUGUCAGUGGAUUCAUUCAGACUCAAACCAGCGGAUUUAAACAGAUUAAAUAUAAUAACAUCCAAACAGCAGCGAUGGGUAAGAAAGGGAAGAAAGAGAAGAAGGUGAAGGGAGCAGAGAAAACCGCGGCCAAGAUGGAGAAGAAGGUUUCAAAGAGAAGCAAACGAGAGGAGGAGGAUCUGGAGGCUCUCAUAGCUGAGUUCCAGACUCUGGAUGGGAAGAAGACUCAGGUCGUGGAGACGACGUGUCCUCCUCCGUCCCCGAGAUUGAGUGCGUCUCUCUCUCCUCAUCCGGAGAAGGAUGAACUCAUCCUGUUCGGAGGAGAAUUCUUCAACGGAAAGAAGACGUUUCUGUACAACGACCUGUUUUUCUACAACAUCAAGAAGAACACGUGGGUGAAGUCGGACAUCCCCAGCCCUCCUCCACCGCGCUGCUCCCACCAGGCGGUGGUGGUUCCCCAGGGUGGGGGCCAGCUCUGGGUGUUUGGGGGGGAGUUUGGUUCUCCCAAUGGGGAACAGUUCUACCACUACAAGGACCUGUGGGUGCUGCACCUGGCCACACACACCUGGGAGAACAUCAAGGCGACCGGCGGUCCGUCGGGUCGCAGCGGACACCGGAUGGUCCUCAGCAAGAAGCAACUGCUGGUGUUUGGAGGUUUCCAUGAGAGCACCAGGGAUUUUAUCUAUUACAACGACGUCUACUCAUUCUCCCUGGAAACCUUUUCCUGGUCACGCCUCUCUCCGUCAGGCUCCGCCCCCGCUCCACGCUCGGCCUGUCAGAUGAGUUCCACGCCCGACGGCAAGGGCGUCCUCAUCUACGGCGGAUACUCCAAAGUUAGAGUGAAGAAGGAUGUGGAGAAGGGAACCAUCCACUCGGACAUGUUCCUGCUGAAGCGAGAGGGUAAAGAUGGACAAGAGAAGUGGUCCUGGUCCAGGGUGAGCACCUCGGGCAGCAAGCCUCAUCCUCGCUCUGGCUUCUCGCCGGCGAUGGGCCCGGCCGGGCGGGCGGUGCUGUUCGGUGGAGUGUGUGAUGAGGAAGAGGAGGAGACACUGGAGGGCGACUUCUACAACGACCUGCACCUGUUUGACACGGUGAAGAACCGCUGGUUCCCCGGCGUGCUGCGGGGAAACAAGACGGAGAAGAAGAAGCGACGCAGGGGGAAGAAGGAGGGAGCAGAGGGGGAGGGAGGAGAGAUGGAGGGGGAGGAGGGGGAGGAGGCGGCGCCACAAGGACCCACUGAGGUCGUCAAGGAGAUCGUCACCGAGGACGGCACCGUGAUGACCAUUAAGGAAGUGAUCCCUGGAGCUCAGGAGGAAGAGGAGGAGGAAGAGGAGGAGGAGGAGGAAGAGGAUGAAGCUUCAGCCUCCGUGAACCUGGUGGAGCCGUGCCCGCGGUCCAGCGCCAUGGCAACCGUGCGUCAGGGCAAGCUCUUCCUGUUCGGAGGGAUGUUCGAGGUCGGUGACCGGCAGUUCACCCUGAACGACUUCUACAGCCUGGACCUCAACAAGAUGGACCAGUGGGAGACGCUGGUUGAGAUGGAUCCGAAGACACAGGAGUGGCUGGAAGAGUCUGAGUCAGAGGAGGAUGAAGAGGAGGAGGAGGAGGAGGGGGAGAAGAAGCUGAAAGGAGCAGAAGGAGCAGAAGGAGGAGAAGUGGAGGAAGACGAGUCUGAAGGGGAAAGUGACGAUGAGGAAGAUGAAGAUGAAGAGGAGCACCCGGCCGUGCAGGAGGCGGAGUCAGUGACUGAUUAUCAGACCCGGACGGAGACGUACUGGACGGGACUGGCCCGAACUAAGAUGGGUCCUGACAUCAAGGACAAGAAGGUCGCAAAGGUCGCCCUCGCCAUGGCUAAAGUCUUCCAUGAAGACCAGUAGUGGAGAAAACGCCAAACUGUUGUGUGUGUGUGCGUGUCUGUGUGUGUGUGUGUGUGUGUGUGUGUGUAAUGUUACUGCCAACAAUUACGUAAUACAAGUGAGAUUUCAAAACAAGGACAUUUAACCAUCUUCCUACUGUUAAACAUUUACAGGUUAUUUUUUUAUUUCGGGUUUAUACGAAUAUUUUAUUAUUGUUUUUUUCAAGAUCAACAUCAGUUUUCAUUUAAAUGAAAUUAAAACUAAACUGAAAUAAACCUUUUUAAUGCUGCUGCCGUCACUUUGAAACCACAGUGCUGAAGGAAGCUCACAGAGAAUUGGUUGUUAGUAACAGACAGAAGAAGUCAGAGGAAACAACUUUUGUACAUUUUUUAUUUCUUAUGGUUGUGUGCUUUUAUUACAUGUGUUAAUUUGUCUUUUUCACGGUAUUGGAAGUAUUUUUGUGCACUUAUUUUAAACUCCAGUUCUGCCGAUUCAGGUGAAAAUUCCCUGUGGGUUUGUCACGAAAACGUUUAUUCUCGUGUUUACAAGAAUCCAACACUUAUGGAGGAGGAGUCUGUGUUUUACACUGAACAACAAACUGUAACCACAAGCUCAGAGAAGCAGCGUUAGAAAGUUAAGACAAAAACUAAAAAGGACCACAUGUCUGUGUAUUUGUAAACAGGGACUGUCUCCACCUGGUGGACAUGUUGGUCAACGCAGUCAGUCACAGGUGGACGGAGGUCAUGUGACAGCUCAGAUUGACGACUGCUCCUGAGAGAAAGUUCAAUUUGAAUGUAUGUUUCAAUAGAAAUGAAACUAGAAGGACAUUUGAGGAGAGGAAACUUUCACCGAGGACCAAAAGUCCCAUCAUUAAACAUCAUUUAAAUUCAUAACAUCCUGAUUCCUUAUUGAGAUCAACACUAAAUUACAAAUACAAACAGACGAGAGCUUUUCAUCAAUAUCCAUGAGUCAUUCCCGUGGGAACUGGAGAAAAUGCUGAAGUAAAGUGGGAAGUUGAGCUUCUUGGCCGACGUGGAAAAUUCGUUGGGUAGUUUUUGAAUAAAUCUGCGAACAAAUAAAACAAACCAAAACCAAUAAACCUGUCGUCACUGUUUGUUUAUCUUAAUUCUUACUUUUCUCUUCCAAAGCCAAACCCCACAGUUUAAUGUUUGAAAAUUAAAACUAUGUGUUACAGUUCAAAUAAAAACAUAAUUCAUC